AAUAGGAAAAAAAAGUUAAUCUAGGAUCCUUUACACAGAGACACUGAGUAGUCCGCUGUUGGUAUUAAACGAAAAUCCUUUUUGUUCGGACUCAUUCGCCUGAAAGGCUUUCGGUUUACUCAUCCGAACGGCUUUAAUGCGCAUGCAAAUUUUCGGAGCGGCCGGCCAAGAAUUUGCGAAAAAAUAAACAAGCGGAAAAUGAGAUGCAAGAAGAAAGUGAGGAAUCGGAUUGAAUUAGCAUUCCUCCCUCUCCUUCAAGUAUAAAUCACGAUCGUCCCGACUUUGCUCAAACCUGUUUGCCCGGUGAGCGAAUCGCGGGAGCUGCUUCUAGUUGUACGAACUCUAAAUACUCGUCAAGGACCAAUCGCACUUUCCGCUGUCUCCUAGCGUGAAACUAAAUUCAGGCAUGCAUUUGAAUAACAUACCUUUCUCUCUAUAUCAUGCGAGAACACGCGCUUUGAAUACGCUUGCCAUGCGUGUCAUCGACUCAGUAUUUCUGGGUCAGCGGGGAUCAUCAAUAUUUAAAAAUCCGAUGAUAUUUUCUAACUACCGUACUCGAUUCCUGGUUCGCGAUGUGCUCUCACUUUCAACUUGAAGCGCGUGUCUCCUGAUGCUCGGUUACUUCUCUUGGUUGUGUUGAGUUCUGUUGCGAUUGAAUUGGACAAUGAAUAUUCCCUGUGUCAUUUUUGCAUUCAUACAAAAUUGCAAUUAAAUUAGACACGAAAAUUAUUUUGUCCCUCUUUUUGAGUUUUGGUUUUGGAAUUCCAUUGCGCGCAACGCGGUGCGUGUGUCUGUGUUGGUGCUCUAAAUUUCGGUUUUUAAAGUACAUGACUGUCAAUAUUUGUGUGUAUUUCAAUCAAUUUUAAAUUUCCGCUCAUUUUUUCCGCGCAGUUCCAAGUGUCAUAUAAUGUUCGACUUUUUAAUGGGUAAUUAAUUUUGCCAAUCUCAAAGUGACAAUCGUCCAAUGUUUUCACAAAGGCCUCGUAAAAAGGAUUUUUCGCAGUGCGUCUAAUUCAAAAUUAAAUUAGUGCGUGCGUUGAUCUCUGUGAGCUCGGUCUGUUAGCCCCCAAUUGACCGUUUUGAUUUGGCAUUUUAUAGCGCCUCAAUUUAGGAUUCCUACAGGAACCAUUCCCACAGCUAUCUGCACGCGUAUUCCUUAGUGAUUCCUCAUCACUUGUUUUGAAACCCCUGGCUGCAAAACCAAAUUAAUUUUGAAUCAAGACAAAUCCAGGACUGAUUCAUUCCUGAACAAACCCAUUCCUGGACCUGGACAUCCAACGUAGAAUCACCGGAAUGAUUGAUCUCUAGACGGAUCUAUCCCUGGGUUGAAUCAUUUUCAAACCUAGUUAUCCCUGGACCUAGCUAUAACUGAGCUUAUAAUUAGCCAUUUCUGACCGAGCCAUCCUGGACCGAGCUUUUUCUGGACUUACCAAUCUUUAGUCUGAAUCAUCCCUGAACUCCAUUCUUCCUGGACCUACCCAUUCCUGGUCCCAACCAUUUCUGGACCAAGCCCUCUCUUGACCGAGCCGUUCCUAAACCUCGUCAUUCCUAGACUCGAUCAUUUCUAGACCUCCCCACCGGCAUCAUCAUAUCGCCAUGUUCUCCCCACGCGCCAACCUCUUCUACCUCCUCCUAAUCGCCAUCCCCCUGGCGACGGCUAAGAUCUUCACGAAAUGCGAGCUGGCCGAGAAACUCCGCGCCCUGAAGGCACCCCCGGAGGACAUCCCAACGUGGGUGUGCAUCGCGGAGCACGAGUCGCGACUGGACACAUCGGCGGUUGGCCCGCCGAACGGGGACGGCUCCAGGGACCACGGGCUCCUGCAGAUCAACGACCGGUACUGGUGCUGGGUCCAGGAGGACGGACCGGCCGCCUGCGGGAACAAAUGCUCCGACUUCGAGGACGAUGAUAUCAGGGACGACUUCAUCUGCGCCCGCAGGGUCUUUCGUGCUACCAAGCGUCGGACUGGUAAUGGUUUUACUGCUUGGGUUGUCUAUGGACAGCACUGCAAUGGGCCCGAUGUCGGGAGGUAUACUAGUGAGUGUUCUGCCGUUGCCAAAAAUGAGACUACCCGAUAGUGACCGAGAUUUUUGUAAAACUUGAAUUAAAUUAUUGUUCACGUUAUUUGGUAAAUAUUUUUAAAACGCUUACGUUGUCCUUUCUCAUUUUGAAAAUUUAAAUUAGAAUUUUUUUUU